AUCUGACUUAUAAAGGCGUCACCAGAUUGUGUUAACAUUUCAUAGGGAUGCUCAAAAUUAGCUGCACACGUCGUACACCGCAUGACAAUGGUUACAGUGACCCUUCAAGUUUCAAGUCUCAAGUUGUCAGCCGUGUGAUCAUCAAUGUACACGACCUUCCGUCGGACCUUUCUGUUGGCAACGAUUUAUCGAGGAUAGUAAUUCGUGACAUUAAAUGGAAAAGUGCGGCGCCCCAAGCUUGGCACCAUGUCGUACAAUUUUCAUUAGGAUGUCACAAGUUUGCAACCCUUACAAGUCAACGCUGCCCUAUAAGUAUCAUACCUUGGUGAUCAGCAGUCCAUCACUCACUCUUUGAAUUCAUCAUUUCAUCUGCACAGUUUCAUGUCGGAAUUAGAAGGAUCUCUCUAUGCUCUUAGCUGGAAUAACGCUAUAUCAGUUGCAGUCAUUACCCUGAUAUCCUAUGAGUACAUGCUUCAGUUCGAGAAAGAGGUCACAUAUGUUUGGCAAAGACAGUGGUCAGUGAUGACAUAUCUAUACCUUGCCGUUCGAUAUUUUGGUAUUUUCCUUGCAAUGAUUGGUGCCUGUUGGGGAGGUCUAUUUUAUAUGCCUGAAGCAGUGAGUUAUGGUAUAUUUCUGUUAAUGCAAUGGAGUUAUUCUGUAUAUUAUUGCUUGGCGGAAGUUAUUCUCAUCUGGCGUCUUUACGCCGUAUACAACCAAUCCAAGCUCAUACUUUAUGUUCUACUGGGGUUAUUCAUACCUAUCAUCGCGAUCUAUAUAGCGAUGGAUAUAUUCUUAUGGAGUCGACCCUCAGCAAUCUCAGUGCAAGAAGUAACAAUAACUCCAGAAAUCAAGUACUGCAUGGCUGUCUUCCACGUCGGGCCUAUGCCUGCGAUAUAUGCUUCCAUCCCCGUCAUAUGCUAUGAUAUUUUCCUAGUUAUGCUCGCUAUUGUUGUCCUCGGGAAGCACCUGAGAGAACGGAAGGAACUUAGAAUGAAACCCAACGCCUAUAUAGUCAUGAUCGUCCGAUAUCAUGUCAUAUACUUUGUCCUGAAUUUAGCAAGUCAAAUCUUCAUGGCGAUAUUGUGGGCCGACCUUUCGACGGUGGCGAUGAAUCUCGUACUGUUGUUUAACGACACCGCGCCGUUUAUCAUCGUGCCACGUCUUAUCAUAAGCAUUUGGGAUACGCAUGCCGAUGACAACUGUGUACAUGUCAGUACGACAUUCGAGGAUUGCGUCUGUUGGACUUCGCCGCCGAUAUUGGAGCAGCACGAGAUGGACUCCUGCGCAUGAUGUUCCAACUUAGGAAGGUAGGUAGAGUGGAGUCCUUCGUCCAGGCUCUCGUCCGAGAAAAAUUCUUACUUCAUGGGAGCAAGCAGUUCAGGGCUCAAUUUUUCUAUGUAACUAUGUACUAUCAGAUCCAUAAAGUUUCAGCAUAUAUCAUGCUUGUAUGUAAUAGCUAGGUGUAAAAGUAAGGUCUAUCAUGAUUUAUUUUAAAGGACUCGAUAUGCACUUGGCUC